AUGAAGUUCCAAAAUGUACAUAUCUCUCACGAUGACAAAGACAAAGUGGCGCUUCUGCCGAUGACAGAAAAUGAUCUCGAAAAGGGAGCAGGUGAGUCCAAUCAACUCGGAUCGAGAAAACAGUAAUAUUCGUUCAGUUUUUCAGAAGAGAGUACCACGUCGUCCCGUCCGAGCUUCGCCUUCAAAUGCUACGUCAUCGCCAGCAUGACAUUCAUCUGGACGGCAUACACUCUGACUAUCAAGUACACCCGGAGCACUGUGGAGCCAGAAAAUGUGCACCCUGCUGAAUAGCAGAUGUUCGUUAUCUUUCUAUUUUCAGAUGUAUUCGUCCACUUCGGUAGUUCUAUGUUCUGAAUUUCUGAAGUUAAUGAUCACGUUUGCAAUGUUCCACAAAGAGUGUAACUUCGAUAACAGACAAUUCUCAGAGGUACACUUGUCAUCUAAUUUCGGAGAAAGAUUCCGAUCUUCCAGCAAGUGAGCAAGUACUACCUGCACGCCCCUUGGGAGCUCGCCAAGAUGAGUGUCCCUUCGUUCGCCUACGCUCUUCAGAAUAACCUCGACUUUGUCGGUCUCUCGAAUCUCGAUGCAGGAGUCUAUCAAGUACAAUUUAUCUUGUAGUUAUUGUGAUUGUUCUCUAUUUCCAGGUGACAACUCAACUGAAAGUGGUCUCAACUGCCCUGUUCAUGAUGCUCUUUCUCGGGCGAAAGUUCUCGGUCCGUCGCUGGAUGGCCAUAGCUCUUCUGAUGUUCGGGGUUGCUUUCGUUCAAAUGAACAACACGUCGGCAACCGAACAGAACACAAGAAGAGAGUCCGCUGAGAACUACAUCGUCGGAAUGUCGGCCGUUCUUGCCACGUGUGUCACUGCCGGAUUCGCAGGAGUUUACUUCGAGAAAAUGCUCAAAGACGGAGGAAGCACGCCUUUUUGGAUCAGGAACAUGCAGAUGUACAGCUGCGGUGUGGUCAGUUUUUCCUCCCCCGUCCUUUCUUUUCAUUUCCACGUGUAUCACUUCAGAUCAGCGCCUCGAUCGCCUGUCUAACCGAUUUCACUCGCAUUUCCGAGAAGGGAUUCUUUUUCGGGUACACCGAGAAGGUUUGGUCCGUCGUGAUCCUUCUCGGAGUCGGCGGUCUCUACAUUUCUCUCGUGAUGCGAUACCUCGAUAAUCUGUACAAAUCGAUGGCGUCGGCCGUCUCAAUCAUCCUCGUCGUCGUCCUUUCCAUGCUCAUUUUCCCUGACGUGUUCGUCGGAAUGUAUUUUGUUCUCGGCACCAUUUGCGUAGUUCUUGCCGUUCUCAUGUACAACUCUGUCAGCGAAUAG